AUGACGGCACUUGCAGGAGGCAUUCAGAGAAUGAUGCGACCAACUCCACAUCAGAACUACCCGCGGGGAGGAUACUCAUUGGAAGUCUCAACCCCUUUAGGGCAGGGUCGCGUGAACCAGCUUGGUGGUGUUUUCAUCAACGGUCGACCUCUUCCCAACCAUAUUCGGCACAAGAUUGUGGAGAUGGCCCAUCACGGCGUCCGACCGUGUGUCAUCUCCCGCCAGCUCCGAGUGUCCCACGGCUGCGUUUCCAAAAUCUUGUGCCGGUAUCAGGAGACUGGUUCCAUUAGACCCGGGGCUAUCGGAGGCAGCAAACCAAAGCAGACAACAUCACCAGACCUGGACAGGAAAAUUGAGGAGUACAAGCGAGACAAUCCUGGAAUGUUCAGCUGGGAAAUCAGGGAUAAAUUAUUGAAAGAUGGGAUCUGCGACAGGAACAACGUCCCGUCAGUGAGUUCCAUCAGUCGCAUCAUGCGCUGUAAAUUCGGUGGAGUCGGGGAAUAUGAGGAAGAUGAUGAUGAAAUCGAAAAGAGGGAAUUGGAAGAGAGCGAACGACGGACGAAACACAGCAUCGACGGCAUUCUCGGGGACAGAUGUGAGUUAACGAAUUUUAUUAAAUCGAUGCAGAGGCAAUGUGAAGGAGUUACCUCUGUGUGGUUCAGCAACAGGCGAGCUCGAUGGAGAAAGCAGGCAGGAGCCAAUCAGCUGAUGGCAUUCAAUCACCUGAUCCCCGGCGGUUUCCCGCCCUCUGCCAUGUCCAGCCUCCAGCCCUACCAGCUGUCUGACAGCCCCUACCCCCCCACCUCCAUCUCCCAAGUUCCUGAGCAGCCGGGCACGGUCCACAGACCCCAGCCUCUCCCUCCCACCUCAGUGCACCAGACUGGGCUGGGCUCGUCAGCGGGGGCCCAGGACGGGGCCUCCACCUACUGCCUCUCCUCUGGGCGCCACGGCUUCUCCAGCUACUCUGACAGCUUUGGACCCACUCCGGCCCACGGCAACCAGGUCAACCCCUCCAUCAGCAGUGGGCUCUCGCCACAGGUCAUGGGCCUGCUGAACCCAGGCGGCGUCCCUCACCAGCCCCAGAGUGACUUCGCCCUCUCCCCCCUGACAGGAGGCCUGGAACCCGGGGUCGGCAUGGCGGCCAGCUGCCACGGUUCCCAGCGUCUGGAGGCUCUGCCAGGCCUGACCAGCACCCAGUCCUACUGCCCAGCCACCUACAGCUCUCCAGCCUACGCCGUGGACCACCACCCCUCCUACCAGUACAGCCAGUACGGCCAGAGCAAGAUGCCUUUCCUUAUCUAG